GGAAAUGACUCAAGCCUCGAAGUGAGGCUUCUUUGGAAACGCCCCCUCUGCUCGAUACAAGCCUCGGUGUCAUACGUAACAUUACUAAUUAAAGGUUUAAAUGGCUACAUAAUUAUUAUUAUUGUAAUUUUCAGUAAACAUUAUCGAUGGGAUGAAAGAAAGCGCCCAAAACACUCAGAGUUCCGAGAUGAAAUGAGCUGUUGUUAGUGUUGAAACCAAAAGUGAAAGUGCUGUGGUGUUUUUGUGUCUCGGCUGUUGUUUCACUUUACCUUGUCGUGUAAACGCAGACUACAACGUUCUUAAUUGAGAAAAAACACGAAAACCGGAUUCCAUGAGGGUAACCGAAGUGAUUUUGAUUGGAUGCUUCAUGGCAUGCGUUGGUGCUGAUGGGGUUGCAGAUGUGGUACUGUCCUGCAGCCUAGUGGAGGAGGGAGCGGGACUGGGUGGAAUGGGAGGUGGCGCUCUUUUCACACGGACUCCAGCCACUCUUGUUUUAAGAGAUGUGGCAGUUGCUCCUGAGGAAUCACUUGAGACACUCACACCGUUUGUGCCACCCUCAAUCCCAGAUCCAGAUGCCAUCCUAUUUGAGGCCCAAGUGUCAUCACCUGAGAUCCCAAAUGCAGAUGUGUUGCUCCAUGCAGACUGCAAUGAGCAGGAGGUGAUGUGUGAAAUAAGCAGUUACUCUCCUCGUGGUGCCCAGGACAGUUCAGAUCCAUCUUAUUUCAUGGUGUCGCUUGAUGUGGAGGGAGUUGAGUUCAGCACUACACUGAUUCUGCAGACUUUGACAGUGGAAAAGGACCAGUCAACCCUGAUGCAAAACAAACUGGGUCUGCCUCUUAGCCAGUCAGGAACUCUGCUGUCUGAGGUGAUAUUCCUGGUUUUUUCCCACAUGAAGUCUGUGUCAGCACCUCUGAGAGGUGAUGUUCUCCUGAACUGUGGUUUCAAGCAGCAGGAGACGCCCCUGUCACAGGAAGUGGGAAUUGAGUGGCGACUGCAGCAUAGAGGAAAGGGAAGGAAAGUGCUUGAAAUGAAGACAAGACUGGAUGAUGCAGAAGGAAAUGCAGAGGUUUUUGCAGAUAGGAGGGACUCGAGCAUGGAUGCAGCCCAGCUUGUUGGUGAGGGUAAUGCCUCAUUGACACUAAACAAGGUGCUGGUUGAGGAUCAGGGGACCUACAUCUGUACAGUCAGUUUAGGCCAUUUCCAUGCCCAACAGGUCAUUCAACUCCAUGUUAUUCAACCGCCCCAUGUUUCACUCUCAGAGGAGAAGUUGGUUUUGAAGACGUCGUCACCCCAGACAUUAAGUUGCCACUGCAGUAAAUACUACCCCCUGGACGCUCAGAUGGAGUGGUUGUCCCUCUCUCCUACAGACACAGAGCCUAUUGUCUUUCCAGAUCAGGGCUCUCUGUCCAGCCAUCGGCAGCACGGGGAUGGGACGUACUCCCUGUCAUCUCGCAUCACUGUGCCCCCCAGUGUCACCCCAGGAACCACAAUCACCUGCAGGGUGUCUCACCUAGCCUUGGAUGCUCCUGUCUCUGUCAGUGUGCUGGUAGAAAGUCCUGAGCCAGAUACCUAUUGGUGGGUUCUGGGUUUCCUGAUCAUCACUGUAAUUUUCUUCUACCAAGUUAUGAGAUAAGUUGGCAGGAGGUUUUCCAGUUGAUAACCCUGACUUCAAACUGAGCCCAGAAAGGCCUCCUUUGGGCCAGUUGUGAGUAUUAAGUUAUUGCUAAUUUCACUAGAAGUCAUCACUGGUUCUUUGCUCAAGUCUGAGCUUAAGCUUACAUUUCUGCAACCUGUGAAAUACUAAAUUCCCAACAUUUGGCAAGAAGACACAUUUUUAUCCAACAUAAAUUGCCCACAGUAGUUUUUUUGUGUAACUGAUGUAUUGGCCUCUGAUGAGCCUCUCUAGUGCUGUGGCAAGCAUAACUUGCCUUCUUACAUUUUCAUUCCCAGUGUUUUCCGUUUGUUUUUUACAUUCUGCAGAUUGCAGAUACAGUAACCAAGACUAGAUUUAAUCGUACAUCUGUAGGCAGUACAGGCACUUCUAGCUUUUCAAGAUGGUGUUUGACUGGUCCACAAUUUAAUUUAUUUUUUUAAAACCAGAUAUCAAAUCACUGGCACUUUGAAUGUGGUUAUCUGAGACUUGACCUCAGUAAUCUCUGUUCAGACAAAAAUAAAGUAAAUUUUGUUUCAUUUAUUAAGUAUCCUUUCAUAAAAAUCAGCAUACUUGUGCUUUAACGUUUAGAGUUAUUCAUGUUCUGCUAUACUGUUGCUAAAUGAGGGUGGACUGUAAAGUUACUCAAAUCCUCCACUAGGAGGACUUUUAUGUUUGUUUCUACUCAGGAUUUAUCAAUGCUGGUAAGAGGUGAUCUGACUGUUAGCGCUGUCUUGGUUUGAGGCCUCUCAAAUGAUUGUUGCACUGUCCCCAUUGGGUUACAUUGGCACUAUUUAAAUUGUUUCUGGUUAUUCUGGCUUUUUUUUGUUUUGUUUUAUUUAUUACUAAUGUUUCUGUAAUUCUCACAAUGAAAGACUUCACCACCCAGUAAUGUAGGCCUAUUUGAAAUUAUCCAUAUUUGUCUUUUACAAUUGAUUGUCUACAACAUACUGUAGCUUCAGAGUUUCUUUUAUAAAUUUUGUCAGAAUCUGUUAUAAAAAGGUCAGCUGUCA